GGAUAACGGAAUUGGUAGUAAUCUGGACAGUCCCCCGCGCGCGGGCGGUGGAUCCGACAGACCCUCUAUACAUGCUUCGACAGAUUGAGUUUUAUCAAUUACCGAAAAAUUAAAUCACGGAUUUUGAUUAUUACUAAUAUUAUAUUAUUUUUAGUGCAAAAAUGAUAACUGAUUAUUUUUUAAUUUUUUACUACUGCAACUGAAAAUAUUUUUAUUAAUAUGAAAGUUACGGAAAUGUAUAAUGUUUUUUUAAACUAUUUUAUCAGUGCAAUUGUGUACAAGUGUAACUUGUAGGAAAGUUUAAGUAGAUAUAAAAUAAAACUGAGGAUUUAUUUAUUAAAUAUGUGACGACUGGAAUGAUUUAGUAAGCAACGAACGAACCAGUAAAAAUAGCUUUUAUUAAAAAUGAAAAAAUGGAAAUACUAUAAUUAUAAAUUAUAAAUAUAAAGAUUUUAUUUAUUUAUUAUAACGGAAUUAAGAAUUUAAAUUGAAUACUUUUAGAUAAUUAUUUAAUUUCACGAUAUCAGGCAUCGAAUAUCCGGCCCUCACGUCCGAUAAUUAUUGUAAAUUUUAUGUAAGAAUACAAAAAAUUACCUAUUUAAUUUGAAAAGUAAAUAAAGAAACAAAGAAAAUAAGCUCAAUACAAAGAAUCCACUUGACAACGAGAAAAGUAUUCAAGGUCAACUAAAUAUGCCUCGGCUUAUAAAUUACAUCAACCCUGUUUGAAUAAUAAAAAUACGAAUAAAAAUAAUAUAACAAGGUACAUCUAAAAAGUAAAUAAACCAUGUCCCAGAGGCAAAUUUUACCAAACGAGGAGUCGUACCUGAAAUCAGGUCGACCCUCGAGAAUUUUCAAAACAAGUUUCGCGAACCCCAAUCUUGAACGGCUUUACCGAGCUUCAUCACUUCAACAACGACGAGGUGGACUUCAUUGUUUUCUUAUAUCAGCUAUUCUUUAUGACAUGUACAUGUUAAUAUCGCCGGAUGUCGAAGUAACGACUAAAGGAAUAUUCGCAGUAUUUUUGGGUUUAAACCUGGGAUUAUUAGCUCUCGCUGAACGUGGCACCCGAGCUAGAGAUAAGCUUUGGACUACAAUGCCACACUUGGCUUGGCAAUUAUCUACGGCUCAAAUAUUAAUACACUUGUUUCUUAAAAACAAUGCUGUCACACCGAGAGAUAGCUUUGGAUGGUUACUCUUACUUCUUUAUCUUCUUUUUGCUACUCUACCACUUAGACUGCUCCAUGUCGCGUUACUCGUAUUUGGUACAGCCUCAACUUAUAUCGUUGCCGUGAUUGGACUGGCUAAAAUUCCUUCGCAAACCCCAAUUGAAGUUUUGAUAAUAACAGUGACACUGUCAGCUGGAGCAGCGAUUCUCGGUGCAUCAAGUUACUCGUUGGCAGAAUUCCAACAACGUCGAGCAUUCUUAGAGACCCGCCAAAGUUUGCAGGUUCAGCUAGUAAUCGAGGAGCAAAGUGCCGAGCAAGAACGAUUACUUUUAAGUGUACUACCGGAACACGUGGCUGUAAAAAUGCGUCAAGAUUUGGGAGCAUCAUUUGACACCCAGUUCAAAAAAAUUUACAUGUCAAGGCAUGAAAAUGUUUCGAUACUCUACGCUGAUAUUGUUGGAUUUACGGCUAUUUCAUCAACAUACAGCGCAAGUGAACUCGUUAAAAUUUUAAAUGAGCUUUUUGCUCGUUUUGAUCAAUUAAGCGAACGGUACGAGCAAUUGCGAAUUAAAAUUCUGGGUGAUUGUUACUAUUGUAUCAGUGGUGCUCCAGUUGAGCGACAAGACCAUGCAAUUUUGUGUGUACACAUGGGCUUAUCAAUGGUAGAAGCAAUAAAAUAUGUUCAGGCGACGACGAAAAGUCCUGUAGACAUGAGAGUUGGUAUUCACACAGGAGCUGUACUCGCUGGUGUCCUUGGUCAGAGGCAGUGGCAAUUUGAUGUAUACAGCAAGGACGUUGAGCUGGCUAAUAAAAUGGAGAGCAGUGGAAUGGCUGGGCGUGUUCAUAUUUCAAACGCAACAUUAAAUUUCUUGAAUGAUGAAUUUCAAGUCGAACCAGCGUAUGGGGAAAAACGUGAAGAAGCUUUAGCUAAAGCUGGAAUAGUGACAUAUUUUAUAGUUAAGACAUUAAAACCAUUUAAACCAGCAAUUACAAAAAGUUUAGCAUCCCUCGAUGACGCUGAAAAUAAUACACAAAGAAUGAUGAGUCACGGCGAUAUAAAGAGUAAUAAUAAUAACGUUAAUGUUAAAGAGGAUUCUGAGGAUUUCCGUGAACGAUUACGCCAAGAACUCGGCAACAGAGAUGGGGGAGCUGAAUUGAAAGGACACGCCUCUUGGUUAACAUUACAUUUUAUAGAUCCGAACGUCGAGGCUGCGUUUCAUUGUAGUGGAGAGGCCUUCUCACCUCUUUCUCUCUUGGGUGGUCCUUUGGUGCUGGUGUGCUCUGUGCCAAUAUGGAGAUUACAACCUUGGGGUCUUUUUACCUGGGGUGGUGCAGGUGUUGUCACUCUUUUUGGAGUUGUUCUUGCUGGUGCAACAUGCCUAAGUAGUGCUGUUCGAGCACGAUGGCUUAGACGAACUCUUGCCCUACUUAUGAUUUUUUCUCUCAGUGUUUUUUUACUACUAGAUAUGGUGAACUGUGGAAUAAUUGAAGAUGUUGAUCCACCAGCAUCUACUAACGCAUCCUUAAAUUGGACUCCACGUUGUCCUUAUCCAUCGUAUUAUUCUUACGUUGGAGUACUUUCAUUAAUCGUUCUUUCUAUGCCAACAUACAUCAGUUACUUAGGCAAAUCAGUAUUAAUGUUUUUACUCGCUGGUGCACAAUGCGCGAUGAACAUUCUCAUGCUUGGACACUGUCUUGAUCGUGAAGAUACUGCUUCAACUUUGCCGCCACCUGAUCAGCCAGUUGCUUAUCCACUCAAGUAUUCACUGUCUGCAACACUGCUUACUGUUGCUUCAACACUUGUCGUCGUUGCAAGAUAUGCCGAGAAAGCUCGUAGAAUAUUAUACCUACGAGGCAGAGAAGUAGUAGCCCAGAGAGAGCGUGCAUCGGACAUGAAGAGAAGAAACGGUGCAUUGAUUUAUAAUAUCCUACCACCUCAUGUGGCAGCAUACUUUUUAUCAACAACUCGAUAUCAUGACGAUCUUUACAGUCAAAGUUACGCUGAAAUAGGAGUACUUUUUGCGAGUAUGCCGAACUUUGCUGACUUCUACAGCGAAGAAAGUAUUAACAAUCAAGGACUCGAGUGUUUGAGGUUUCUCAACGAAGUUAUAUCUGACUUUGAUGCGAUUCUAGAUAGAAGUGAGUUCAAGUGCAUCAUUAAGAUAAAAACUAUUGGCUCGACUUAUAUGGCAGCUUCAGGAAUUUCCGAAUGCACAGAUUCUGAAGAGGGACCUAGAUGGGGGCAUUUAUCAACUCUCGUUGGAUUUGCCUUAGAACUUAAGAAAGCUCUCUCAAGCCUUAAUGAACAAAGCUUUAAUCACUUUGUCCUAAAAAUGGGUAUCAACCAUGGACCAGUUACGGCUGGUGUUAUUGGCGCUAGAAAACCACACUAUGAUAUUUGGGGAAAUACUGUUAACGUUGCUUCAAGAAUGGAAAGUACCGGCAAAGUUGGUCAUAUUCAAGUAACUGAUGAAACAAGACAAAUUUUAGAACCAUUUGGAUACGGCUUUAUUCAAAGAGGAAUGAUUUUUGUCAAGGGAAAAGGUCAAUUACUGACGCAUUAUUUGGUAUCUAAGGAUGGAGUUAAUCUCGAGCUUGACAGUGACUUACCGGUAGUGCCAGCGCACCCAAUUAUUUACCAAUAAUUCAUUGAUUGUUUCUAAUAACAAAAAAAAAUGAUAUUCCAAGUAUUAAAAAAUUUUAAUAAAAUAGUAAAUUAAUAAGGGCGUGAUCAACGUCUUUGAUUACUAUUCAAAAAUUUUACCUAGUCUAUAAAUUGUAAUUAUAUUAAUCUGGAAACUUUUUUAUACUUUUUUUUUGCUUUCGCAAAAAGUCAUGAAAUAAACUCAAUAAAACGUGGAAGUCUAGUGUGCUGAAAUUCCAACACCACACGAAGAUUCCACUGAAAGUUUGAAUGGCUUUUUAUGUCGAGAACAGUACGUCCGAUACAUUUUAUCGUACGUGGACGUAACCUUGUUUUGAUACUGUCUAUAAAUAACAGACACGAUGUGAAGCAAAGUAUCAACAAUAACAUGCAAUUCCGUCUUUAUUUAUAUUUGGUAUGAUAAAAACUAGAGAAAAAAAAAACAAACACAAUCAAACUAACUGUAUAACGUUCAUUUAAAUUUUUUGUUUA